UGCACAUUUUAAGUUUAAUAAACUACAUUUUUAAAUGGACCCAACUAAUAUUAUAAUAAGUUUUUUAUUAUAAUAGAAUAUAUAAUUUUAAGGUAAUACACAGUAAAAGACGAAAUUUGAAACAACGUUUGAGACACAGGAAUUGCUUAAUUUUAUCACAAGUCGAAAAUUUCACGUUUAAAAUGCAUAAUUGAAAUUUAUAUUAUUUCACGAAGUCACUACGAGGUGCAACUUUUUGUUUUCAUCAUUCUCCAUGCGUUUCUGGUCAAGUGCGGACGCCGUAGGUACUCCUAGCGGUAAUUGCAAUAAAUCACGUUCGAAUUUUAAAAUAUGUUCAGAUUCAACUAAAACACCAACAAUCAACAAAAUUGCACAUUUCCAAACCAAUAAUUUACCUAUAAUACGAUGCAACUUUGUGCCGUAAGCAAGAUCCGCCUGAUAGGCGAUGAUGAACGUUAACGGCACUAAUGGUACUAAAAAUACCGGCUUCCUUUUAUAUCUGUAGCUAAAAUGCAAAAAAAUGCGUAACACCAAGUAUAGAAAAUGGUGGGUCAUUUACCAAGUAACAGCCCAAGUGAAACUCGUCAAAUAAAAAGCGCUGAACCAAAAGAACAAUUCUCUCGAUUUAGCAAUCUCCAAAGCCACGAGUCUCUCCCUCAUUUGGUUCCUCAUCUGGAUUUGCCUUUCGAUCUAAAAUCAAAACACUUAACAACCACAUUCAACGAGAGGACAGCAAGUACUUUUAUCGUGUUCAUUUCGGUGAUGAACUCUUGAUUUUUUCGGAAAUUCUCUUCCAUGUUAAUCGUAAACGAAUUGCCCAUUUUAGCUUCCGCUGACUUACUAAACAAUCACCGCUGAGAACAUGCCAAUCAAUAUUAUUUAGAGCCCCAACGUGGAAUCGCGACCCGCGGAGGCGGCUAGAUGGCGGUGGAGGCGGCACGAGGACCGCCGUUUCUCUAGCAAUGUUGUGACUAGUCGUCGCUAUAGACAUUCAAAUAUUACCGUUGAAAAAAAUGCUUGGAUUUUGGACGAAAACAGGAAGUCCCAGGUACUUAUUUUUUGCACGUUUUGCAUUUACAACAAAAGGUGGUGAUUGAACUGCGUAUAUAGCGUUUUAAUGCGGGCAGAACGAUACAAUUCUCUCUAGUUUUAUGCAUAUUUUAUGGUAGCAAAAUUUCCAUUAAGCUAAUUUUGAGCAAACAGAUCAUCAACGAACUACAGUAAAUUAUUAUCUAGAUAUUAAAAAAAUAUCCAUUAAAGCCGCGGCCACCGGCCUCAUAAUUAUUAUAAUCUACAGAAAUCCUACUAUGGAAUGGGAAAUUUUUCGUAUGUGCUCACGAAAUAUUUCAAAAUAUUUUUUAAAUUCGAUUUUGUGGCUGUGCGAAUAGCGGUGUGUGGCUACUGACCGGAUCCCAUAUCCCAUCAGUUGGUGUCAAAAGGGGGGUCAAGAAAUUAUCAGCUUGGUAACCUCAUGCAGUGAAGCAGUUGUUUUGUUACCACAAUGUUAGUCAAUACAAUAGCACCUCUUGUUUUAUUUGCGGCUCUAUGCUCGACUCAACAAUUCGCUACCGAUAAAUUUCCUUUUUCGAUCUCAGAUGACGAGUUAAUGAACAGUUUUGACUGGCAAUUGCUAAAAGAAUUCGGGCCCUACAAUAAAAAUUUGCUUCUAUCUCCCAUUAGUUUGAAAUUAGUUUUGUCUCUACUGUAUCAAGGUUCGUCGUCAAUUGUCGAGAAGGAGUUUGAAUCGACGUUAAAUUUCCGAAACAAAGAUGAAAACAGAAGAAAAUAUAGCCAGUUGUUAAGUACUUUGCUCGAUAACGAGAAAAGCGGGAAUUUACUUACUAUAGGCAGUUCGAUGUUUGUAGAUGACAAUUUACACGUACUUCCCAAAUUCAAUCGAACUGCCUGGCAAAACUUUAGAACUAUCGUCGAACCUGUUGAUUUCGAUAAACCAGAAGAGGCCAGCAAAGUGAUUAAUAGAUGGGUGGAAUUAUUAACAAGGGGAAAAGUCCCAAAAAUUGUUAGCGCCGAUGAUCUUCAACAAACAAUAAUGCUUGUAACAAAUAUAAUAUAUUUCAAAGGCAUUUGGAAGCAUCCUUUUCCAAAGAUAAACUCAUAUAGAGGACAUUUUGUUACAGUCCCUGAUAACAAUGAUCGUAUGAUUAUGUCAAAAUACGUGGAUUACAUGAAAACAACUCGUAAUUUUUGGUACUAUGAAGAUCAAGAUUUAGAAGCUAAAAUUCUCAGAUUAGAUUACAAAGGCAAUUCCCAUUCAAUGUACAUCAUUUUACCGAAUUCACUGGGAGGUAUAAACUCCUUAAUUAAAAAGAUCAGUUUAACUUCCGUGUUAAACAUGAAAUUUAAAUUACAAGAGGAGUUAGUGGAAGUUCAUAUGCCCAAAAUAAAUUUCAAGUUUUCUACAAAAUUUGUCAAUAUACUGAAAAAGUUGGGCUUGAAACAAUUAUUUCAAAACACAAACAGUUUAACUGGCAUAGUUGAGACUAAUAAUACUAUAAGAAGACAACUUGUGGUUUCGAAUAUUAUUCAGAAAACUGGAAUACAAGUAGAUGAAAAAGGAACUGAAGCAUAUUCCGUGACCGAAAUUAUUGUUGGCAAUAAAAUGGGAGAAAACAAAAUGAUUUUCAAUGCCUCCCAUCCGUUUUUGUUCUUCAUUGAAGGCCCCAACAAUACUGUGUUGUUUGUUGGAAAAUAUGAAGAUCCAUAUGAAGAUGAAGGGGCCGAAUCAGGGAAUCGUUGGAAUACCAAUGAAGAAGCGGACGAUGCCACUUCUCAAGUUUAUCCUGCACCACAAUAUAAUACUCAAAGAUUUUCAAAUAAUCAAGGCAAUUUACCAACUAAUCGAUUUGAUGUUCCAAAUCAACCUCCCCAGCAAAAUCCCGUUUUCGAUUCAUCAAUAUCAUCAAACAUGGACGAUUCUUAUGAUCCUCCGAAUGCAGAAGAUAUAGCUUAUAGAUUUAAUUUAUUUGACGUAGAACUAUUAUCUACAUUCAGUGACUCGAAAACAAACGUCUUAAUUUCACCGGCUAGUAUUAAAACUACGUUGGCGAUGAUUUUAGAAGGGGCCGGAGGAAAGUGCGCUUUGGAAAUCCAAGAAGCCCUUAGAAUACAAAGUUUAAACCAAAGAGGAGUGAGAGAUAUCGUAUUAAAUCUACUGAGUAACUUAAAUGAGAAAGCAACCACAAAUACAUAUUUAGAGAGCCGCAACGGCAUUUUCGCGUCUAACAGACACAAAUUGGUCGAUGCUUAUAGAGAAACAGUAAUUCGCUACUACAACGCCAAUGUCAGAAGUUUGGAUUUUUCGAACCCCGAAGCCGCAGCUAACGAAAUCAAUCAAUGGGCCUCAGAUGCUACUCAUGGAGUCAUAAAAGAAGUGGUUUCAUCGCAAACGAUAAAUCCGGAAACGUACGUAAUUAUCUCUAAUGCUUUGUAUUUCAAAGGAAAGUGGAAGAGCAGAUUUGAUCAGAGAAUGACCAAUCCGAACAAAUGCUUCCGCACUGCUAACGGAUGCGUUCCCGUUUCCAUGAUGCAUAUUUCCGACAAUUUUUACAAUAACUACAUUAGUAGAAUAAGUUCGUACGUUGUCGACAUUCCCUACCAGGAUAAAUUUUCCAUGUUGCUCAUCUUGCCAUCGAUUGAAUCCAGCGUAAGAGCAGUCCUCCGAGAUUUCGCCACUCACAGGUUGAACGACAUAUUGGCCAUGCUGAACAACUCUGAGAUAGUAUUGGAAAUACCUAAAUUCUCGUUCGAAUAUACCGUAGAUUUAGCCAUGCGUUUGAAACAAGAACCGCUGAAUGUUAGAGAGGUUUUCGGUGCUAAUGCGAAUUUGUCUGGAAUCAUACAAAACGCCAAUGCUAUGGUGAAUAGUAUGUUGCAUAAAACGAAAAUAGAGGUGGACGAACAAGGGACUGUUGCCGCAGCGGCCACCAAUGCAAUGAUCAUACCGCUCAUGCAGCCUCUAACAAUAACUGCCGAUCAACUGAUUGAACCAGAAUUAAGGUUAAUUUUCUUGAACACUCUAUACUUUAAAGGCAAGUGGAAAACAGUGUUUCAACAAAUACCAGAACCUAAAUGUUUCCAAACUACACCGGAUACUUGUAUCCCCACAGACAUGAUGAGUGUUACUCAAACUUUCAACAUAAGUUACGUUACCUCGUUACAGGCACAAUUCGUAGAAGUACCCUAUCAGGAAAAGUAUUCCAUGUUAGUUAUUAUACCAACACCAGAGACCAACGUAAAGCAAGUCCUCCGAAAUCUACCCUUCUACAGUUUGGACAAAAUAAUUGGUGGUUUAAAUGAAACGAAAAUAAACUUAGAAAUUCCCAAAUUCACAUUGGACUAUUCAGUGGAUUUGGUAAAAUACUUGAGUCGUAAUUCAAUAGGCAUCAAAGAAAUUUUCGGUACCAACGCAAAUCUAAGCGGAAUUAUCCACGGCAACGUUUCAGUGAAUAACUUACUGCACAAAACGAGAAUGGAAGUGGACGAACAGGGCUCGAUUGCUGCAGCUUCCACCAGUGCCGCGAUAGUGCCUUUCGCCUUACCAGUGCAAAUCAAAGCGAAUCGGCCCUUCGCUUUCAUUAUAUUCGACAGGGAAACCAAGAACGUGAUAUUCGAGGGGAUAGUGCAAAACCCCGCGAAACAAGGCUCCGGUGGGAGUGGCGGGAGAGCAAACCGACCACCCAGUGUCAGCAGUGGUGCUAAUCUAGUGCAGGGUGCUAGCGGGUCCCCGACCAGUGGUGCUAGCGAAGCAUAUCCACCAGCAACUCCUAGCAAAAACGAACCAGAUUAUGCCAUAAACACGUCGCCGUCAAACAGACAGCAAAUCAAUUUAAGUGGCAUGUUUAAAAACCAGAGACUUACGCCCGUUAGGGCUGCAAUUGGGUCUAGAUUUGCUUACAAUUACAAUUACGAGUCGAAAUAUUUUUACACUUACAACGGUGCGAAACUGGUUCAUUAAUUAAAAAGCCAUAUUAGUAAUAAGUUUAUAUAUUGUUUGUUAGCUUUGAUUAAAAAUAAAAUUUUCGAUAGGGUUUAGUCGUUUUAAGUGAUCAAUGAAAUGUACUAGAAAAAAUAUAUCGCAUUUAUUAUAUUUUAAUAUAAAAUCACA